AUGCGUGGGCAUUGCCAACGCCGCUGGUCCGCCACGGACGGCUCGUUCAUCCUGGGCCCUCCAGGCUGCGAGGGCACGUUCAGGGACCGGGCGCGUCUGCUGGACCCCAACGUCUGGAGCUCCGUGGUCUCCGCGGUGGGUGCGCUGAACAACCGGGAGAUCCCACUCGCCCAGGACUUCUGCGUCGUGUUCUCCCGCUCGCAGCAGCAGUACUUCCUCCUCUGGGCGGAGGGCCGCCGGGCCGAGGCGUUCCACGCGCUGAGCAUGGCGCCCUCGCCCGGCCCGCGGUGGGCCCUGGGCCAGGCCAUGGACGUUGGCAUCACGGGGGGCGAUACCGCCGCUGGUUUAGGCAUCAUAGUGCUCGACAUCGGCCGCUGGAGAUCCGUGGAGGCCGCCGUCGCCGCGCUCAACCAGGGGGACAUCCUCCGCUGCGAGGAGGGCUUCUGCGUCGUCGCUAUGAAGAACGUGCAGCUACCGCUCGCCCUCGCAGUUUUGGCAGUAGCUGCUGCGCGUACUGGUGCCGUCGACUCCAGUCUGAUACAGUUGGCCGCGGUGGACCACGCCAAGUUGGAGUCGCUCGACCUGACGAACAAGACUUCGGUCACCUGUUUCUUCACUAUAGACAAUGUGGUCGAGUCUGCGUAUUAUGGCAGUACUGCUCUCAGCAUCACCGGAGAUUUGCACCAGUGGCAUCUAACCAAGAGUGUCACGUUCACUCCGGAUUCUGCAGGAAGCUAUUUAACCAUUUCUGGAUACGAUUAUGGGAAUAUUUGCACCGAUGGCGGUUUCGCCAUCGAGUGCACCAAUGGUGUGAACGGAGGCUCAGGGUGGCAGGUGUACGGUAGUGCCAGUACCGUUGACCACACGCACCGCACGGGCGGGGGGAGUGGAUGGACCCAGCCUUGCAAUUCGCAAAGCAGUUUCACCUUGGCUUACAAUUCAGGAUCUCCCAAAAUCGGGGCAGUGGGCAUGUACGGAGCUUUCCGAAGCUACGUGGCCUCGACCCCAAGCCCCACGGUCCCGGUCACAUGCCAUUUCACAAUAGACAAUGUGGUCGAGUCUGCGUAUUAUGGCAGCACUGCUCUCAGCAUCAUCGGAGAUUUGCACCAGUGGCAUCUUACCAAGAGCGUCACGUUCACUCCGGAUUCUGCAGGAAGCUAUUUGACCAUUUCUGGAUACGAUUAUGGGAAUAUUUGCACCGAUGGCGGUUUCGCCAUCGAGUGCACCGAUGGUGUGAAUGGGGGCUCAGGGUGGCAGCCCGACGCCAUCUCCAACCCCUUCCCCGACGCCCAGCCCGACGCAGUCUCCGACCUCGUCACCAACGGCCAGCCCGACGCCAUGUCCAACCCAGUCCCCGACGCCCAGCCCGACACAGUCACCAACCCCGUCCCCGACGCCCAGCCCAUCACCUUCUCCAACCCCGUCCCCGACGCCCAGUCCGACGCCCAGCCCGACGCCAUCUCCAACCGCGUCCCCGACGCCAAGCCCGACGCCCAGCCCAUCACCGUCUCCAACCUCGUCCCCAACACCCAAUCCGACGCCCAGCCCUUCGCCAAGCCCGACAUCCAGCCCGACGCCUGCCCCGACGCCCAGUCCGACGCCCAGCCCGACGCCAAGCCCGACGCCCAGCCCAUCACCAUCUCCAACCAUGUCCCCGACGCCCAGCCCGACGCUAAACCCGACGCCCAGCCCGACGCCAUCCCCAACCCCUGCUCCGACGCUCAGCCCGACGCGAUCUCCGACCUCAUCCCCAACAGCCAGCCCGACGCCAUCUCCAACCCUGUUCCCGACGCCCAGCCCGACACAAUUGCCAACCCCGUCCCCGACGCCGAGCCCAACGCCAUCUCCAACCGCGUCUCCGACGACCAGCCCGACGCCGAGCCCGACGCCAUCUCCAACCAUGUCCCCGACGCCCAGCCCAUCACCGUCUCCAACCCCGUCCCCAACGCCAAGCCCGACGCCAAGCCCUUCGCCAAGCCCGACGUCCAGCCCGACGCCUGUCCCGACGCCCAGUCCGACGCCCAGCCCGACGCUCAGCCCGACGCCCAGCCCAUCACCAUCUCCAACCGCGUCCCCGACGCCCAGCCCGACGCCAAACCCGACGCCCAGCCCGACGCCAUCCCCAACCCCUGCUCCGACGCUCAGCCCUUCGCCAAGCCCGACGCUUGCCCCGACGCCCAGUCCGACGCUCAGCCCGACAUUCAGCCCGACGCCCAGCCCGACGCCGAGCCCGACGCCCAGCCCGACGCUCAGUCCGACGCCCAGCCCAACACCCAGCCCGUCGCCAAGCCCGACGCCAUCUCCAACCUCGUCCCCGACGCCCAGCCCGACGCCCAGCCCAUCACCUUCUCCAACCCCGUCCCCGACGCCCAGCCCGACGCCCAGCCCGACGCUCAGCCCGACGCCCAGCCCGACCUUCAGCCCGACGCCAAGCCCAACGCCAUCUCCAACCUCGUCCCCGACGUCCAGCCCGACGCCAUCUCCAACCUCGUCCCCAACACCCAGCCCGACGCAAUCUCCAACCUUGUCCCCGACGCCAAGCCCGACAGUAUCUCCAACCGCGUCUCCGACGGCGAGCCCGACGCCUAUCCCGACGCCAUCUUCAACCAUGUCCCCGACGCCCAGCCCAACGCCCAGCCCAUCACCAUCUCCAUCCACGUCCCCGACGCCCAGCCCGACAAUAGUGUCGGUCAGUGCGCUGGGUGACCCGCACAUGACCUCUGUCACCGGCGCCAAGUUCGACCUAGUGCAACCAGGCAACCACACGUUGCUGCACAUCCCUCGGUACUCCGUCCAGGAAAAUAAUCUCAUCAACGUGAGGGGUGUUGUCAAGCACGAGGGGUCGACGUGCCUGGACAUGUACAUCGACUCCUUGCAUAUCACUGGCAAGUGGGCGGACGAGAGGCACCUCGGAGGCCUGAGCUUCUUCUCGGACAAGCGUGCCGAGGUCAGCGGGAACUGGCUGACAUUUGGGAGGCUAGAGUUGAAGGUCGUACACGGCGUGACAUCCGGCGGCACAGAAUAUCUCAAUUUGUUGGCCAGGCAUUUGAAGAGCAUUAAUUUGCCAAUCGGCGGCAUUCUCGGGCUGGACGACCACAGCCAGGCGGCAACGCGAGGAGAGGAUUGCAAGCGAACGAUUUCCCUACUACACUCUGGAGCAAGGCGUGCGAACAUCUCUAUGACUGGUGCCAAUAUGUGAUGCUACUAGAUGCGCGCGUUCGCAUGAUGCUUUCAUCCGCGGUGAUGGUUGUCAACUCGUGGUAUUGGUGCUUUGUCAUCUGAGUGCAGAGUGCAGCACUGCAGGCGCUUAGGCGGUUAUGUCCAUCGAUGUGCUCUCUGUGCAGUGCUGUCUGGCUGGCACGUGUUUGGAACGCAAUUCUUUCUAGUGUCCACUUUGCCUUCUCAUCAGAGCCUUGCAGUUCCGUGAGGUGAUUUGUGCAGAGCUGACAUGGUCUGGGCGGCCGCGGGUUCCUGUCGUUUCACCUCCGUUCGCAGCUCUUCGCAAAGGCGACCACUUCCAUUGUCCAUGUUGCCUUCUCAGUGCGUUGCAGUGUUCGUUGCAUGUGUGUGUGUGUGUGUGUCAGUGCAGGGCUGGCAUGGUCUGGGCGACCGGCUGUCCUGGCAUGUCACCUUCGAAUCCACGUUGGUUGGUGCUUUCCUGGCGCGUGCGUUGUAUUGCUGCGUCGGCGUAACUUUCAUGUUGGCGUCCUUAGGGCGGAUCACCUGUUUGAGGUGUUCUCAGUGAAUCGUUUUCUGGUUAGCACGUGCUUGGCGUGCCGACUAGUGGUUAGCCCUCGCUUGGCGACUCACGACACCCUGAAAGAGACCUAUCAUCACCGCCAAGAUGGCCUGACAAGCUACAUGUCAUCGAUCUGACUUCC